AUGAAGACACCGUGUCUUCACAGGUACGAGCUCGGUGUCUCGUACUCUCCUGAUACGGAUGACGGAUCCGUAUCGACGCAAUUGAAUCCAAGCGCCUGCCAAGGUGAUGGACGAUACUUUGCGUGCAGCAUCUUUGGUUCAUCUGAUGAGUCAGAUGAACCAUCGCCGAAGGAAGGGCUCGAGGUCGCGAGACUCGGGGCUAAUAGUGGUGUCGUUUUCAAUGGACACCACUUCACAGCGAGUGCCAGUACUCGUCGGCACGUCGCAGGAAGAGCGGGACCGCAAUGUGUUGCGUCUGCUCCAGAAAAGAAGGCAUGGAUGCCUCUAAAUCCGUCAUGGAUCACUUGUCGGGACGACGAGUGA